AUGUGCCCUCACACCAAUGGCGACGUUCACCCCAAUGAUGAGAUGAUCCCUGUCGACGUCUCUUCAGCUCCUCAAGUUGCAGGCUCUGUUUCCACCAAUGGAACUAAUGGACACACCAACGGUGCCAACGGUACCUCAAACGGUCGUCCUGGUCGUCCAUUAAAUCCAUAUGCGCCUCGCUAUGCUGACUUCCUCAGCAAUGUCUCCAAUUUCAAGAUCAUUGAGAGUACUCUACGAGAGGGAGAGCAGUUCGCCAACGCAUUUUUUGACACCAAGACCAAGAUUGCAAUUGCCAAAGCUCUCGAUGCUUUUGGCGUCGAUUACAUCGAGUUGACGUCCCCUGCUGCCUCUGAACAGUCUCGCCUUGAUUGCGAAGCCAUCUGCAAGCUUGGCCUUAAGGCCAAGAUCCUCACUCACAUUCGCUGCCACAUGGACGAUGCCCGAAUUGCGGUUGAAACAGGCGUUGAUGGUGUCGACGUCGUUAUUGGAACUUCAUCUUUUCUGCGCGAGUUCUCGCAUGGCAAGGACAUGACAUACAUCACCAAGACCGCAAUCGAAGUCAUCAACUUCGUCAAGUCCAAGGGCAUUGAGGUCCGAUUUUCGUCCGAAGAUUCGUUCCGAUCCGAUCUCGUAGAUUUGCUUUCUAUCUACCAAACCGUCGACAAGAUUGGUGUUAACCGUGUCGGCAUUGCUGACACUGUCGGUUGCGCGAACCCCAGGCAAGUCUAUGACCUCGUAAGAACUCUUCGCGGUGUGGUUGGAUGCGAUAUCGAAAUUCAUUUGCAUAAUGAUACCGGUUGUGCGAUUGCAAAUGCGUACACCGCACUUGAGGCCGGUGCGACACACAUCGACACAUCCGUUCUUGGUAUUGGCGAGCGUGUCGGUAUUACUCCCCUCGGCGGUCUCAUCGCUUGUUUGUAUGCUGCGAACCCCGACUACGUCAAGAGCAAGUACAACCUCCCCAUGCUUCGUGAGAUUGAGAACUUAGUUGCCGAGGCGGUCGAGGUCAAUGUUCCUUUUAUGAACCCCAUUACCGGCUACUGCGCGUUCACCCACAAAGCUGGUAUCCACGCCAAGGCAAUUCUCAACAACCCCAGCACCUACGAGAUCCUCAAGCCCGAGGACUUUGGUCUUACUCGCUAUGUUUCGAUCGGCCACCGCCUGACCGGUUGGAACGCAGUCAAGAGCCGUGUUGAGCAGCUCAAGCUCACGCUCACUGAUGAGCAGAUCAAGGACGCGACCGCCAAGAUCAAGGAGCUUGCCGACGUACGAACCCAGAGCAUGGAAGAUGUCGACACGGUGUUACGUGUUUACCACUCCGGUAUCGUGAGCGGUGAUCUAAGCGUUGGAGAACCAGAAAAGCUGGACCAGCUUCUGCGCAAGCACCGUGAUUCAUCUGCUACGUCUCAACCAAUAGCUGCUUCGUCGUAG